AUGAGUUUGAGAAUAAAUAUUGAAAAACUCGAUUAUAUUGGCAACCAAAAAUUAACAAGCACGCUCAAGGCAUACUUGAAAUCGGCAACAAAGUCGUUAGACGUUUGCGUGUACUAUUUCACUCACGAUGAUUUAGCGAGUCUGUUGAUCGAAUCGCACAAGAAAAAUAUCCAAGUAAGAGUCAUUACCGAUGCCCAAUUCGCGACGAUCGGCGUCAUUCCUAGACUUAAAGAAGAGGGUAUCGAGGUGAGAAGUGUAUACGCUGUCAGUGGCAAGAUGAACAACAAAUUUGCCAUCGUCGACAAGACACUGCUCAUCACAGGCAGUGGUAGUUGGACGUACCAGGCGCUGAUGAAUAACGAGGAGAACAUAGUCGUGACGAAUAAUCCAGGAUUUUUCAAAGACUACGGGUACGACAAGUAUUUCGAGCAACUGUGGGCCAAACCUGUUUGGAAAUAA